AUGUCGGAUGCCUCCAUCCUUUCGGAAGAGACCGACAUCGACGUGGUGGGCGAGGGGGAGGACGGAGACGGGCGGACGCGCGCCUACGUGGACGAGGUGGCGCAGAUGCGCGACGGCAUCCUGCUGUCCGGCUCGCCCCCUCCGUGCCUGGACGGCUCCGCGUCCCCCGGGGACGGCUACAAGCCGGCGGGCAAGAGCGCCCUGGUGAAGCCCCCGUACUCCUACAUCGCCUUGAUCACCAUGGCCAUCCUGCAGAGCCCCAAGAAGAGGCUGACGCUCAGCGAGAUCUGCGACUUCAUCAGCAGCCGCUUCCCGUACUACCGGGAGAAGUUCCCGGCCUGGCAGAACUCCAUCCGGCACAACUUGUCCCUCAACGACUGCUUCGUGAAGAUACCGAGGGAGCCCGGGAACCCGGGGAAGGGCAACUACUGGACCUUGGACCCGGAGUCGGCCGACAUGUUUGACAACGGGAGCUUCCUGCGGCGGAGGAAGCGCUUCAAGCGGCAGCAGGCGCAGGACUUGCUGCGGGAACACAGCAGCUUUCUUCCCGCCGCCGCCGCGUACGGGUACGGGCCGUACGGCUGCGGGGGGUACGGCAUCCAGCUGCAGUCCUACCACACGCACUCUGCACUUUUUGCAUUCCAGCAGCAGCAGCAGCAGCAGCAGCAGCACUCCAGGCACUCGCACGCCGGGACCGUUAUCCCCGCGCCCUCUUUGAUGCCCACCAGCACGGACUUAACCAGGAGUCGGUUUUAUCCCCAGCUCAGCUCCAGCCUGGGCUCAGCCAGCGCGCAGGCCGCGGCCCCGCUGCAGAAGUCCGGCUCCCCGGCGCAGCGGUCACCCUUCUCCAUAGAGAGCAUCAUCGGGGGGUCGCCGAGCCCCUCCAGAACUUCUCCGGCCGUUGUCCCGGUCUUAGCGGCCUCUUUGGGGCCCGCAGGGACCAGCCGGUCGCAGACAGUCCACCCCGGAGCCGUUUUACACCCGGUAGAGAACUUCCCGGGCGACUGUUAAAAUGUCUUAACAAGAAAACUUUUUUUCAAGAAACUUUUAAAAAGAGAGAGAGAGAGAGAGAGACAGCAACAAAACAAAAAACGCCCCUCUCUGAAGGUAGGAUUAUUUUUGUAUGUUUGUUUAAUAGCACGCAGCUGAGUGACGGACAUAUAAAUAACACUAUUUGUGCCUAGUAUAUUCAUGCUGUUUAAAAAAAAAUCUAUUUAUGUUCAUUUUUUUGGUGUGAAUCAGACUUGAUCCACGGACUUUCCUUGUAUUUUUACCUUGAAGUAAUUCGUUUCAGUCACUGUUUAGGGCGUCUCAGGAUAACGACUAAUGGGCAGGUUAUAAAUGAUCACAUGUUUUGAUAAAUAGGCUAAUAAUGUAUUUGUGUCAAACACAUUCAUGUUUUUUUUUCCUCUUGAUAGAGUGGCGAAUCAAAACACUUCUUUCAUGGUUUUGAUUUUAACUUUGUAUUAAAAAACACAAAGCAAAGUCAUACAUUUAUAACAAUAUGCAGUGUGUGUUUCUUUCAGUAAUAAAAUAUUGUACAUUUUUGGCAAGUAUUGUGUAAUUGAAGUGUGAUAUUUUUACACGGUUUGUUUUUCAACAAGAAUAAAUUUCUUUUUGCAAAAAAAA